AUGCAAAAUUGUAACUUUAAUAUUCGUCCAAAUGUAUCAUAUACUGAUGGGUGUGAUCGUUUUAGAUGCAUAAAAUACAACUUUGGACACCAAUACUGCCAUACUUGUUUUGUAAAGUUUGUUAAAUUAAAACCAUUAUUAGUAAAGGCAUCUUUAAGGAAAUGGAGACAUGUAGCUGUUAGUGAAAUUAGAACUUCAGACAAUAUAUCAACUAUAUACUUUAUUGAUUAUAAUGAGAACAUAGAGGAGAAUAAAGAUAUUAUGGAACGAAAAAGUAGUACAGAGGAUAUUAAAGAAAAUAAGAUACCUCUACUUUUAUCAUUAAAAGAGCUUGAAUCUGAUGUAGAGUGUAUUAUUAUAGGUUUGAUAUAUAAAGAGAUGAAACUUCGCCCUACAGUACUUGAUGAAUAUUUGCAAGAUAUUGAUGUAGAAACUAAUGAAAAUAAAAUUACUAACUUCUGUAGUAGUACUGACAAGUUAUAUAUUGAAGAUACCUCUUCACGUAUAUGCUUGUCGUCUCCAAAUAAUAUAUUAGAUUCAUCAAAGUAUGUAUCUGGGACAAUGAUUGCAGUUAAGGGAGUUCAGACCGAUAGUGGGAUAUUUAUAGUAAAUGAUUAUUGUCUACCUGAAGUCCCUAUUUUACAAGUCCCUUGUGAUUUUCCCGAUAGUAAUCCAAGUGAAUUACUACCAAUAUACAUUGGAUUCGUAUCUGGUUUGAAUAUUGGUGAUCCGCGAACUGAUCCUUUACCACUGCAACUAUUACGUGAUUUUAUUACUGGGCAAUUUAUAAAAGCAGAAUCUAUGGAUAUUAAUAAAGAUAUAGCUUCAAGAAUAGUACGUCUAAUUAUUGCUGGUAAUACAAUGUCUUUGCUUGAUACAGCAAAAGAGAUACAGACAAACACAGGUUCAAAAUUAGUAGUUGAUAAAGACUCUCUAAAUUACCAAAUAUGUGAAGUUGAUACAUAUCUAGCUCAAUUAGCUUCAGUCAUAAAUGUAGAUCUAAUGUCCGGUCCACAGGAUCCUGUACCUAUAUCAAUGCCUCAACCACAAAUGCAUCCCUCAUUAUUUCCUAACUCAAAGGAUUAUGAUACAUUUAGACCAACAACUAAUCCAUACUCAUUUUCAAUAAAUGAUGUGCGCAUUAUAGGUGUAUCAGGACAUAGUAUUGAUGAUGUAAUGGCUUAUUCAAGCUAUAAAGAACCAAUAGAUGCUCUCAAAUAUUGUGUUGAAAGUAGAAGUCUUGCUCCAACAGCUCCUGACACAUUACCUUGUUAUCCUCUAUUUGAUGACGAUGUAUUAUCAUUGGAUUAUCCAGAUGAUCAAUUCCCCCAUUUAAUAUUUGCGGGGAAUCAAUCUAAAUUUCAAUCAUUUAGAUUUCCUAAUGGUCCUUUAUGCAUCACAAUACCUAAAUUCAGCGAAAUUGCCACUUUAGUAUUGGUUGAUAUUAAUUCAUUAAAAACUAAGACAAUAAAUUUUGGAUAA